AUGACUAUUUCAUUAUUCCUUGUAAACUUGGAGAUAUAGGUCAUCAGUUUCAGAGUAAUAAAUACUCUCUACACAUCCCAAACGAAAAUUUUUCCAAAAGCCUCACUAAAAACACUCGAAAAACACUUAGUGACCUUAUUUCAUGAAUGACUACAGACCAAAGGAGACAAGGGAGGAACUUAAGCCAGACCAAAAAUCCAAUGUUAGACUUGAGAAUAAAUAGCAAAAUGCUCAAGCUCAAGAGCUCACAAAGAUUAGCAAACAAGAAAAAUAUAAGAAAAGGAGCACAAAAUAAGUCUCAGAUCAUGCAUUCAUACGUUUGAGGAGCGGAAAACUGAGAUAAAGAUAAUGAACAAAAGAAUUAUUCAGAAGAAGCAGCGGGAAGUAUUAGACACUUAAAGACCGCAAGAGAACAGAUUGAGAAAAGUUUCAAACGUUAUGAUAAAGAUAAGCCAUCCCAAAAGAAGCAGAUAAUGAGCUUAAGCAAGCUAGUCAAGCACAACAUGAAAGUUUUCAGGAAAUAGACUUGAGAAUCUUACUUAUGACGAAUUUAUUUCCUCUAAACCAUCCCCAGAUCUUUAUGAGAAGAGCUUGAAAAGGCUAAGAAGAGGAAACAAUUAUGGAAUAAGAGUUUUAGACUUAUUUGUAGCUCAAAAAUAUGCAUGGGAAUCUGAAAAAAGUAGAACACUCAACAAGACAGACAUAAAGCAAAAGACCAAAGAUAGAAAGUCACAACAAGAAUUGACCCAUUUCCCUGUGGUUAAAGAUAACCUCAAAUCAGAAAGGAAGAUCUCCAAAAUUAAGAAACUUAGGAAGCCCAACAAUCAUUCUAACGCCUUAAGCAAGAGAGAUAUCAUCAAGGUUUUUCAGAAGCCUAAAAUAAGGCAUUCUAACUCAAAAUUCCAACUGAAACCUUUAUUCUACAAAUCAGAGUUAUAA